AUGACUGGAAAGUUGGUCACUGUUCAAGUUUGAGCUCCAUUCAGUGACAAUCAUACAUCUGCCUAGUCAUCCUCAUUUUGACUCUGCGUUUCCAUUGUUAUUCCGUUCUCAAAUCCCUAGUUUUUAAGGUUCUUCUUUCCAGCAGCCAUCAGGAAUCAAUCGGAAAGGUGAGGCUUCAAAGCUCAAACAGAUACCUCAAAUAUUGUCCUCUUUCAGCUCAAAUCGCCCCCCGAUGAAUCGUCCGUUGCCGCCGCAAAUCAUUCCCAUACUUCCAUUGGCUCACAACGUUCCGGAGAGCAGACGUACUGCUCAGAGUGGAUUGCACAAAGCCACAAAGAAGAUCGAGAUGCACAUGCGCGAGAAAAAACAAAUUGUUGAGCAGUUCAACAAGGAAAAGGAAAAACGACGUGAAGCGGUUCAGGGACUGUUGGCUUGGAAGAAAAAGUGUCUGAAAAAGGGUGAUGAGCUGAAGAACAUCAAGCGAGAGCUCAAGGUGACGCAGGAGCUUCUGAAGGCACUAAAUGAGCUUUCCGAGAGCAAGAAGAUCAUCAGGGAGCAGAAGAGACAGCUUAAAGAGCAUGAGGAAGGUAGGAGGAGAAGGAACUCUUCGAUUGAAGUAGUUUAUCGUCUUUUUUCAGGCUCGUGCAAGAAACCCAAGCUGUGA